AAUGCAGCAUCGGUUUCCAGGGAGUGGCCCCUGCACCUGUCCGACCUGUUUAGGGGACACAUGACUCCAGAGGAAUUUCCCCCGCUGCUCCCGUCCUUUUGUUUAACGGAGUCUUUUGUAGUGGGAUACAGAGGGUGAGCGCCAGAGGAGAGGGGGCGAAAGAGAGAAGAGAGAGGGAGACACAGAGAUGUCGGAACCAGCCACUAAUCCCGCUGCCACCUCGUUCCCAGCGCCAACUAUUUCCUUACCUUUGGGACUGGAAGUAUUGAGGACUUACUCUGGAGCUCUUGUCUGUUUAGAGAUAUUGUUUGGUGGUCUAGUAUGGAUCCUGGUGGCUUCCUCCAAUGUGCCUGUGCCUCUGCUGCAGGGCUGGGUGAUGUUUGUCUCUCUCACCACCUUCUUCCUCUCCUCCGCCUACCUCACUCUCCUCAUCACUGGCCUGGCUGACCGCAUCAACACUGACUGGAACUUCUUGGAUGUGGUUUACCAUUUUGUAGCUUUGCUUUUCUACUUUGCUGCCUUCGUGCUGGAAGCAGCAACUACAGCAGCUAAUGGAGGAGCCAAUAUCAAGCCACUGCCUAACAGCACUGAAACUGUAAUGUGUAUAACCUACCCCCGAGGCAAUAUAUUCACAGUACUGAAUGAGAAGCAAUACAGUAUUAAUGUGGCAGCUACGAUAUUUGCAUUUGUGGUGACACUAUGCUACGGCUGCAGUAUGAUGAUGGGCUUCAAGAGAUGGAGGAUGUAACCUGCAGAACAUGAAUACAACCUAAUUUUAUAACUGUUUCAUAACUUCAGCAUGUAUUAAAACAUCAGCCACAACAUCCACAUCCUGCUAUUCAGUUCAGUUCAGGUCAGUUAGAGCUUUAUAUUAAUAAUGGGAAACUCAUGUCAACAUGCUGUCACAUCGCAGUCACAGUCAAAACACAGGUUUAGAUUUUGGAGCAAUAAAAUUCACACAGGACUCAAAGCCCCAAAGAAAUAUUUUCUGACUAUAAUAAAUCUUGUUCUGAGAAAUUGAAAGAAUUUGUUUCAAGUUUGGCGGUUAAAUGUAUCUUGAUUUUUUAGUUGUUCAGUUAGCAUAAGAUUUGAUUCAUUUGCUGAUAACCAACCGUUUUUAUAGCUUUAAUUAAUCCCUCCAGCAAAAAUCUAUGUUGGAAAUUAGAGAAAGUUGUGAGGGGACUGUGUCUAUGAUACAUGGUAACUUUGCAAGCUGUAAGUAAUGUUCCUUUUUAUUUUGUCAACAUUUUAUUAACCAUACCAUUACCUGAGUUAAAUCUUCAUUCAAGGAAAUAUUUCCCAUUCCCAAUGCCACAAAAAAUGUUUAUGCUUCUUAUGGGUUAAGCACAACAGAACGUUAUAGCACAGAAUGUUAUGGCACAAUUUAUUGGAAAGACCCUAAAAGGCAGUGUGAUUGUUUUCACUGUCCUUCAAUUAACUUGGUGCUAAGGAACUGACUCACUUUACAUUGAACAUGGUU